UUAUGGGGCCCCCGGGCAAUAGAGGAUCAUGGGGCCCCUGUGUCCUUGCCCAACCUCAAAAAAGCCUAUGAAAAAGGUACCAGGGGCAUCUCAUGGGGCCCCCUACUGACCCCAGGCCCUCGGGCAGUGCCUGAGUUUCCAGAUGGUCAGUCCACCCCUGGUGCAUGCAUGUUCAAGCACACAAGAACACGCAUGUACAUGUCACCAUGUGGUGAACUUUAGUGAGUAAAUGUCCCAAAUCAAACAGCCAACGUGAGGAUCUUGUACGAUCACAAUAUUUGUGCGUGGAAAUCUGAUCCAGGGUGGCAGAUGAUAAAUCUGAUUAACCUCCCU